UUCUCACUUGUCAGCUGCUCUUGAAAUUUCUCCCAAUUCCAGAAUCCCUAAUUUUCUUCUUCUCCAUAAUUCUUGAUGGCUAAUCAUCUUCUUGCUUUUCGCCCCACCGGAUUCAACGCCUUUGCUGUUCCCGGCCACCUUAAACCUCACUCCGACCGCCGGAAGAGUACCGUGCCGUCUUCCUCGACCUGGUGGUUUGCGCCGCUGUUUGGAGUGUCAUCCGAUCCCGAUUACAUUGAUUCCGAAAACGAGCCGAGGAAAACAAGACGAGGCGAAUUGGAAACGGACGCGGGACAAAAAUCGACGAGAGCAAGGUUUCCUCCGGGUCGAUUCACGGAAGACAAGGCCAGGCAACUCCGUAUGAUGACUACCACAACGUCAUCGUUUCACGACGUUAUGUACCAUUCAGCUAUCGCUUCCCGACUCGCUUCCGAUUUCAAGGAUCAUUCUGCUCCGUGACUGGCGAUUCAGUGCUAUAUUUUGAACCUCUCUUUUUCAUGGUUGAAAUAUAAAUUGUAUGUCCUUCUCUCUCCCUCCCUCUCUCGCUCUGUUUUAAGGGAUGAAAGAAUUUGUUUAA